AUGAGCUUAUUUGAGCGUAUAAUCCAUGGCAGCGACGUGAGAAUUGCUAAUAAGGCUCUGUCAACUAAUUCGUUGACUAAUGCACAAGCCAUAGUUCCUAGAUCUCAGAGCGCCCGUGAAAGUGACUUGACGACUACUUUAUCUAAUAAGAUCUAUUCAAUUGAUCUGGAGAUGAAUUUAUCAAACGGAUCUCAAUACUCAACAUCUGAAUCAUCCAAAGCAGAGCCAAGCUGGUUGGAUGAGUUUAAUUCCAAGCUCGAAAAAAUGGAAGGUAAAUGUCAUAUAUACAAGAUCAAAAAACCUUCUCAACUUGCAGAUCUUUUGGAUUACCACUCAGACCCUGAAUUGAAUAAACUUCCAACGAAUAUGUUUCCUUAUUUGCAUGGCUUAAAUACGUUAAAGCAAAGAUAUUUUUUUAAACGCGAUGUGGAUAUAUCUAAAGAUACAUUUGUUUCUUAUAGGGAUCUAUAUUCAAGUGAUAUAAAGGAUCCAGUACAAGCACCCAAAACAAAUUAUUUUAGCUUAAUGGUUGUUAAGGUUGAUACAGAUUCAGGUGAAGAGCUUUUGAAUUCCAUUUAUUUGGGAGAUUUGUUACAGUCGGCUCCUGCUAGAUUUGACGACUCAGUGAAGGAUAUCGAUGAUCUUUACGACCAUUAUGAAAAAUUCAGUAGCAUCAACGAUCUAGACAUGGAUGCUGACCAACCUAUUGAUAUCCGUAACUAUAAAAGCCAAAUUAAGUUAAUGGCGCCAUUGUCACACUUUGUGGUUUAUAGUUCUACUAAUGAUUUCCAAUUUUGUUCACAAGCUGCAACGCUUUUGAAUCUGCUUAUGGAUGAAGAGAAGAAUAUAUACAUGGUUGAUUUUAAUAUGGAUCAAAUGGGUCAAAUUUAUAUAGAACAUGAUGACGCAGAAGCUUAUCCAAUUGAUCUGGUUCGAGAUAUGCCAUUCAGUUGCAAAUUAUUGAAAUGGGAGCAGAAUCUAAUAUGGAAAUUAAAUUCCUUGAAAUGGUGCUACAAAAAUGUCUGCCUCGGCACAAUUGCUGAUUAUAAUUUCCUUCAUAAGAACAAAAAUGAUUUUAAGCUCUUUUUCAAUUGUCAUGAGGAUGCAGCAUUUCCCAGCUUACAUGUUUUGCAGCAAUUAUUGUAUGAUGCAAAAAAAAAUGGAAUAAAAAAACCGAUAUACUUAGACUUUCCUUCUUCUGGAUCAAUUGACAUCAACAAAAUAACAUAUGAACAGAUAUUAAGCUUUUUGAAUACUCUUUGUUUUUUAAAUUUUGUUACAAAUAGCAUGAACGAGAAAGUCUUCUUAUUUUCUUACGACGGCUUUACAGGUAUAAGCUUAUUCGUGAUUGCACUCGGGAUGUUUUUAAAUAACGAAUUAGUCGAAAAGGCCAUAAUUAGCUUGUUAGGAGACCAUCCAUCAGGUCUUGGGAAAAACGUUCGGUUAUAUUAUUUUAGAGGAGAUUUAAUACUUUUGAAAAGACUUGAAGGUUUUAUGAAAUUUGCUAAGGAUAAAAGCUCGAAAAAUAGCGCAACAUUUAUUAAGUCGAUAGAAUAUACCCGGGACAUACUUCCAUUUGAAGAAAAGAUUAGGUCGGAAGGUAAACCUCUGUAUGACUGGUUUGAUUUCGAUUCAGAUUGUAACUUUCCUUCGAAGGUAUUUGGCAAUUUGUAUUUGGGAUCUUUGAGUCAUGCUUCUUCUUCAACUAUUCUCAAUACGUUGAAUAUUAGUAAGAUUAUCGCUAUUGGUGAGCGACCAAAUUGGUUCGAAAAAUUGAAAGUGUCUUUCGAUUUCGAGUCACGUCCAAAAUUUAGAGUCAUUGAGCCGAUAUUCAUUUUUAACGAUGGAACCAGUAAAGUUUAUGAGAUACACUUGCCUAGAGGAACAAAAGUUCAUAAUUUACAAUCCUUGAAAACAAUUAUCUACAUAUAUCAUUUAAACGAUGACGGAAGGGACUCAAUGCUACCACUCUUGACAAGUUGUCCCGAACACAUUCAACUGAAAUUUUUAGUUGACCCCAGAUCGAAACAGUUUAAGACUAUGGUACACUGUAGAAUUGGGGUUUCUCGGUCCGCAUCCUUGAUAAUUGCGGCGGUAAUGAAAUAUUACAAAUUGAAUCUUCUUCAAGCUUAUCUUUUUGUCAGAGUCAAAAGGUUCAAUGUGAUCAUUCAACCCAAUUUACGACUUUUUUACGAACUUUACUUAUACGAAGAGUAUUUAAAAUUGAGGAGGGUAUACAAUUGGUCGUUCAUGUGCAAUGAAAUACAUAAGUUGAACGAUCAUUAUAUCGAAAGGAGCUAG